AGCAUCCGCACUAAUAUUUCUAGUUAAUGUGUUUUCAUCAUUAAAGUAAAUGCCAAUGAAUUGAGUGAGGGCCAAGAAAAGUCUCCAACCGAAUAGUAAGGAUUUGACUCCAAAAGGCCAUUCAUUGCCAGGCCCAAAUCCCAAAUGCUUUUGGCCCAUCAUUUCUCUGUAUCUUCCUGUUUCUGCAAAACCUCAACCACUGUAGACGGCAGAGGGUGAAGAAGGGCUUCUUCUUUGUCUCCGCUCUUCCGUUUCUUUUUCUCCGGCGACGUUAACAGAGAUGGCCAGGUGGGAUGAGAUUCUGUCCCUCCCUGUACAGAAUCCUCCCAACUUAGAGUUCUCUUCGUCCAACCUUGUGUGGUCUAAGGUAGAAGGUUGGCGUGAUAACAUUGAUAGAGUUGCUCUAAUCCCAUAUGCGAGAGUAGAUGACUUUGUACGCGGGGAAUCUGCUAGUAAAGAAUGUCCAACCAAAUUCCAUGUUGAAGCCAGAAGAAGAAGAACCUCAAAAACAACAUUCAAGCAAAAAGUUGAUGGUGUCCUUGAGUAUAUACUGUACUGGUGUUCGUUUGGACCAGACGACCAUAGGAAAGGGGGUGUCGUCCGACCUAGCAGAACCACAUAUGUCCCCAAGAAAAAAUCUGCUGGUAGGCCAAAUACAAAGAGAGGGUGCACAUGCCAUUUUAUAGUUAAACGCUUGAUUGCUGAGCCAUCCGUGGCACUGAUCAUAUACAACCAGGAUAAACAUGUGGACAAGAAAGGAUUGCCGUGUCAUGGCCCACAGGACGAGAAAGCUGCUGGGACCAAUGCUAUGUAUGCUCCCUAUAUCUCGGAGGAUCUUCGUCUCCGUGUGCUAUCUUUACUUCAUGUUGGAGUGUCUGUGGAGACCAUUAUGCAGAGGCAUAAUGAAUCAGUGGAGAGACAGGGGGGUCCGUGCAACCGAGAUGACCUUCUAACCCACAGGUAUGUUAGGAGACAAGAGAGAAGCAUUAGGCGGUCUAUUUAUGAACUGGAUGAAGAUGAUGCAGUAAGCAUUGGACUGUGGGUUGAAAGCCACCAGAACCAAAUCUUCUUUUACAAGGAUUUCUCGGAUUCCGAUCCUUUUGUCCUUGGUAUUCAAACAGAAUGGCAGUUGCAACAGAUGAUCCGGUUUGGGAACCGUGGCCUUCUAGUGUCUGAUUCAAAAUUUGGAACAAAUAAACUCAAGUAUCCAAUUCACAGUCUUGUUGUGUUCAAUUCAGACAACAAGGCCAUCCCAGUUGCGUGGAUAGUAGCACCUAGGUGUGCAAGUGGAGACAUGGUUAGAUGGAUGAGGGCUCUUUAUAAUAGAGUUCGUACCAAAGAUCCUACAUGGAAGUUAGCUGGGUUCAUUGUGGAUGAUCCUUUGACUGACAUCCUGUCUAUAAGGGAUGUGUUCCAGUGCUCUGUCCUAAUAUGCUCUUGGCGGGUGCGUUAUGCAUGGCAUAAAAAUCUAAUGAAAAGAUGCUCAGAAAUGGAUCUGCGGGCUGCUAUAGCAAAAAGGCUUGGUCAGAUGAUACAUAGCAUUUGCAAAGGGUUAGAAACAGCAAAUUUGUUUGAAGAUUUUAUGCAAGAUUUCGCGGAUGCUGCCGACUUUGUGGACUACUUCAAGGCAACGUGGUAUCCAAGAUUAGGGUUAUGGACUAGUGCACUCAGAUCACUUCCUCUUGCCAGCCAAGAGACAUGUGCAGCAUUGGAGUUUUACCACAACCAAAUGAAGCUCAGGCUGUUGAACGAGAGGGACUCGAGUGUAUAUAAACGUGCGGAUUGGCUUGCAGAUAAGCUGGGCACAAAAGUGCAUUCUUAUUUCUGGCUUGAUGAGUACUCCGACAAGGAUGAUUUCGUGCGGUAUUGGAAGGACGAAUGGACAAGUGGAUUGACAGCCUGGCGAAGAUCUCUGCUGAUCCCUGAUGCUGACGUGGCAAUAAACGGUGACUGUGCAAACAUCGUUGACCAGGGAGACCGAACGGUAGUCCAUGUUAUACGAAACCUGUCUUCCUCAGAAUAUGCACUCUGUGAUUGUGAUUCUUCAAUAAUGGGCAACUUAUGCGAGCACGUUUUCAAAAGCAUCAAAUAUCUUCGUGAAGGUGGGCCCGGUUUGUUCUCCGUGAGUAUGUUUCAGUAUAAGCAGGCAUUGCUUAAGGUGCUCCACUGCCCGCCUUUUGACUCUUUGAUCCGUGAUCACGCACUCUCUUUAGCCGUCUGGGUGAAGACACAGUUGUCUUCCUCACAAACAGUUGGACCCACUGCUAGAAAUGGGAUUUUUGCUGACAACAUUGCCAAGGAGGAGAUGCCUUCUCUUGACCAUUUCCCAGAUACAAGAGAAAAUCUCCCUUGCACCGAUUUGCCAUUCUCUAUUAUAAACAAUCUUGAUAGUGACCCAAACAAAAAUGAUUCUGGGAUUGAGGUUACAGAGGGAACCCGAAAUAAUGUGAACCAGAGAUGUUCUUUAGGGCAUGUAAGCAGUGAGUAUGCUCCACACGAACCGUCCAAGGAGAUCGUGACCUAUAAACGAAGGAAAUAUCUAUCCACGUCGUCUUCCAAGUAAGGUUAGUAAUGUGAUGACUAUUACUCACUUCUAGCUAUUGCAAUGACAUGAGUGCAUAAACGGAUGCAUGAGAUUGAGAUUGGUAGCAAAAGGUCAUUUUUACUGAUUGAUUCUAUGGUUGGAUUGUAAUAAGUAUGGCUAAUGUUUGGGGUACGCCAAGCUUAAUUGACCCCAUUUUUCGACACCAUUGCCUUUACAUUCUUCACAAACACGGAGCACUGUUCCCAAAAAUGAGGUCAAAUUUGGGGUACUUUAAUUUUUUUUUGUAAUACUAGAGUCAUGCUUGGGGUACCUCGCUUCAUUCGACACAGCUUAAGUUAAGGGUCUGUUU